AUGGGUGCCGCUUCAGCAAUCUUAAUGGUGAUUAUCACCAUCAUCUUCCCACCUCUCGGAGUCUGGAUGGUAGCCGGCUGCGGCGCCGACCUUCUUGUCAACAUCUGCCUGACAAUCCUAGGGUACAUCCCCGGUCACCUGCACGCCUUUUAUCUCGAGUACGUCUACUUCGACCGCCGCGAGCAGGCGAGGGAGGGCCGCUUCCAAUCCGGUCGCGCGCCGGGCAUCUAUAGCGAGAAUGUACAGUCGGGUGGCGGUGGUUACGGAACCAUUGUCGAGCCUACUCGUUGA